GGACAUUCCUGGUUUGACGACCGACCCCGCCGCUGCCAUGAUUUGCUGAGCAACUCGACACUGGCUUCAAAGAUGCGUGUGUGGAGGAGGCGGCGGUAGAGACGAGGGAGCGCGAGCUGGGAGAAGUUUCACCGACAGGCUCGCGGACGGAGGAAGUGUUGAGGGCACGAGGACGCUUUCACGCGGACCCAAAACACAAACUUCAACCCGAGGAAGAAAACUUCUCCACCUCCAGAGUCCAGAGAGAGGAGGAGGAGGAGCAGGGGGAGCUGUCGCACCUUGGCCCCCCGAAAAAAAAGCCUGCGCUGCGCCGCGGGUCUGAAAACUCUCUCCACCGCGCUCCACCUCCGGCUGAGUUCAUGUUGCUGCCGUCGCCUCGCACUUUGAGCCCGUGUCUAAUGGAGGGCCCCGUACGGAUUUGCCUCCAGAAGAAUGCGUUUUGCUGCUGAAUCACCGGACUCCUCGCAGCUUUUGCGCUCCUGUACGAGAGGUUUGCUGAACGGACGAGAGCGUGCGCGCCUGGCAUCACGGCUGCUGGCAGGGGUCAAAGUGCACCAUGGACAGUGGCCUGAGGGUCCUCCUGUCCACUGUGCUGUGUCUCAGCCAGUCGCUGCUCAUCAGCUGCUCAUCUCAGUACCCAUCCUUCCUCUCUGAGCCUUCCUCCCUGGUUCAGAGUCGAGGCUCCGUCGCUCGCCUGCGCUGCUUAGUGAGUCCGUCUUCGGCGGAGGUUUCCUGGCGCUUCGGAGGCCUCCCCCUGGACCUGGACACCCUGCCCGGUGUGGAGCUCAGCGAGGGCUCCCUCACCAUCUCCUCCCUCAAGCCCGGCCAUGUUGGCGUCUAUCAGUGUGUGGCACGCUUGGAACACGGGCCGGCCGUCGCCAGCCGCCACGCGCGUGUGGCCAUAGCAGAAAUAUCAGAAUAUGAAGAUGGCAGACGGAGGUCAUUAUCGGUGCAGGAAGGAAGCACCGUUCUUAUAGAGUGUCCUCUACCGCACAGCGUCCCUCAGGCCCUCCCGAGGCUGAGAGUACGAGGGGAGCGGAUAGAAGCAUCGACAGGUGAAUAUUUAGUUCUUCCAUCUGGAAACCUCCAGAUUGUCUCCGUGUCAGCUCAGCACCAGGGCAUGUAUAAAUGUGGUGCAUUCAACCCUGUUACUGGGGAAACUGUAGUGCAGCCUCACGGUACUAAGCUCACAGUGAAACAUUCUGACUCCCCCUCCUCAGUCCGGAUAGUUUACCCCACCGCCCCGAUGACCGUCUCCGUGCAGCAGGCGCAGCCGCUGAUGUUGGAGUGUAUCGUGUCCGGUAGUCCUGCACCGGCAGCCAGGUGGUUUAAGAACGGUAAGGAGGUCGCGCCAGGACCUUCUCACCAGCGACAGCACAACAACCUGGCCUUCGCUGCGGUCCUGAGGAGCGACGAAGGGAGCUACACCUGUGCUGCUGAGACCGAGCAGGGAACCGUAACCAGCGCUAACUAUACUGUGAAUAUUCUCGAGCCCGUGUUUGUGACGGAGGGUCUGUCCAACCAGAUCGUCCCGUCCGGCUCUUCUGCUCGUUUCACCUGCAUGGCUAAAGGAAACCCUUCCCCAAACAUCACCUGGCUGUUCAACGCUGAGCCCAUCGCCCCAUCGCAUCGCUUCAGGAUCUCCGGAUCCUCACUGGUUAUUAAUGAUGUGACGUCACAGGACGAGGGCGUGUUCCAGUGUCUGCUGGACAACAGGAUUGGCACGGCACAGUCGUCUGGAAUGCUUACGAUUCAGUCAGAUGCUCACCUGGGCUCCACCGCCGGCGUCCUGCUGGAGGCUUCACCGUCGCUCCACCCCAUGCAGAGCGACGAGGCCCACAAGCGCUUCCUGACCGAAGAGGACGGCGACGCCAUCAACCAGCCGGCUGACCGAGCUGGAGAUCGUCCCACUCCAGAGGCGCCGAUCAUCAUCAGCCCGCCUCAGACUCACAAGCCCGAUCUGUACGACCUGGAGUGGAGGGCGGGGCGCGACGGAGGCAGUCCAAUCAACGCCUACUUUGUCAAAUACCGCAAGGUCGAUGAAAUGGGAACAGUGGUGGGGAGCUGGCACACGGUCCGCGUCCCUGGCAGCGAGAAGACCCUGCGGCUGUCGGAGCUGGAGUCCUCCAGUCUCUACGAGGUGCUGAUGGUGGCUCGAAGUUCAGCAGGCGAGGGCCAACCAGCCAUGCUCACCUUCCGCACCGGCAAGGAGAAGAGCCCCACCUCCAACAAGAAUCCCUCCAAGCCUCCUGUCAUCUCCGCUCCCCCCAAAGCUCCGGAGGACAAAACCCCCAACACGCACUUUGGUGUCGUCAUACACGACAGAGUUCCCGAGGCACCUGAUCGGCCCACCAUCUCCAUGGCGACUGAGAGUUCGGUGUACGUCACCUGGAUCCCGAGAGCCAACGGCGGGUCCCCGAUCACGGCUUUCCGAGUGGAGUACAGGCGCGGCCGCAGCGCAGAGUGGGUUGUAGCUGCGGACAACAUCUCGCCGCUCAAGCUGUCGGUGGAAGUUCGCAAUCUGGAGCCUGGCUCCACCUACAAGUUUCGCGUCGUGGCCAUGAACAUGUACGGCGAGAGUCCUCACAGCAUCCCCUCCAAGCUGUACCAGGUGCCACAGGCCAGCCCGCGGAUCGCAGACCGCCCCGUGGUCGGACCGCACAUCUCCUCCACGGACGCCAUCAGCGACACGCAGAUCAUGCUGCGCUGGACUUAUAGUCCCUCGAGUAACAACAACACUCCGAUCCAGGGCUUCUACAUCUACUACCGGCCCACGGACAGCGACAAUGACAGCGACUACAAACGAGAUGUGGUGGAAGGUGUAAAACACUGGCACAUGAUUGGUCACCUCCAGCCCGAGACGUCCUACGAUAUCAAGAUGCAGUGCUUCAACGACGGGGGGGAGAGCGAAUACAGCAACGUCAUGAUCUGUGAGACCAGAGCCCGUCAGGCCCCGGGGUCGCCCAGCCAGCACCCCAUCACCCCGCCGGGCCCCCACAUGCCGGAGCCGCCCAGCCCACCUGGAGGACUUCUGUACCUGAUCGUGGGCUGUAUUUUGGGGGUGAUGGUGCUCAUCCUGCUGGCUUUUAUCGCCAUGUGUCUGUGGAGGAAUCGCCAGCAGAACAACAUGCACAAGUACGACCCUCCAGGCUACCUGUACCAGCCGGCAGAGAUGAACGGCCAUGUUCUCGAGUACACCACGCUGCCCGGCUCCGGCCGCAUCAACGGAGGCGUCCACGGCGGCUACGGGCACAGCGGCCCCAUCUUACCCCAGGGGUGCCAUCACCUCCACCACAAACUCCCCAACGGCUUGGCGCUGCUCAACGGCACCGGCAGCCUGUUCUCACCGGGGCACCCACACAGCCACGAUGGCACCCUGCCGCACAGCACCCGGGACUGCGAGCACUCGCACCCUCACCACCACCAUAACGGCGGAGGCAUGUACACAGCUCUCCCUCAGACGGAGUCGUCCGACUGUAUGAGCUGUCAGAACCUCUGCAACAACAACAGGUGUUACAACAAGACCAAUGGCACUUUCUCCAGCGGCACUCUGCCACUAAUGCAUCGCGUGGCGCCGUGCCAGCAGGACGGGUUGGAGAUGCUGCCUCUGGGCCAGGUUUCGUCGCAGUGCCACGGCCCCGACGGCCAGAUGCACUCUGGCGACCAGGGGGCCGACGCAGGGUACCAACCAGACGAGCACAGCGACUCCUCGCCCUCGCAGCAUUCCUGCUGUCUGGUGGGGAACAAUGAAAACUGUCCGGCAGACAACACUGCCGAGGAGGAGCUGGAGUUGGUGGACACGGAGGGGCCUGUGGUGUGCUGGGAGAGUCUCGGCCUGCCAGACUUGGACUGUGACGAAAAGCCUGGGUGGAUCUCCAGCAGCAGCCUGGCAGGAGAGCUGAUCCAGCCCGGCCCACAGGAGGUCUGAACGCAGCCCACACACAAACAGACUCUCCCGCUGCCUGGAGAGUUCACAGAAAACCAGCAAAGAGUAAGAGAGAGAGAGACAGAGAGAGACUGGACCAGAGAUAUGUCACGGAGGACGGAAGAGGACCCGCGACGGGAUAGUCAGAGACACUGCACGUUACGGUGACGAGGACGCAAACGUUUGGAUCGACCGAGCUGAGACGAGCGACGUGGGAGAAAAAAAAAGCAAAAAAACAGAGCGACUACAAGAGACUGAGAUGAAAGCCAGAUGUAGAGAAACGCAAAGCGCCGAGGAAACGUUUGCUCAGAGGCUGAAACUGUAUCCCACUGGAGGGAAAACUCUUAUAAAAGAUCGGAAAAAAAAAAAAAAAAAAACUCUUUAGAUGACUUAUUUAUUUUUUGUAGUAGUAAAAUAUUAUUUCAUAUGAAUGUAUCUGUUUUAAAGGAAAAAAAAGUUUGUCUUUUAUAUUAUUUAUGCCUUUUUGGAUGAGAAAUACUUUUUAUUUUUUGUUGUCUUUUCGUCCCUCUGUGUUCCACUCGAGUGUGGAGAUUAGCAAAUGUCCGUGUAAAGUUUUGUAAUAAUAUAAAGAGAAGAUAUGGAAGAGUAAACAACAA